AUCCUACCGUUAUAUAUUAACAUUCUUUGCUUUCUCUAAGGCACAUAGCUUGAUGGCGAGGCAGCAAAGCCUUGAAGCUCCACUCUUGAGCAGUCGUGGUUUUGCCCAAAAAAACAGCAAGAGAUGGACCAAAACUCUCUGGCUCCUCCUUCCAUUCACCACCCUCAUAAUUGUAGGCUUAGUGUACGAAAGCAACACAAACUUAUGGACAACAAGAGGAGAAAAUUUGCACAAUCAUGGAAUCAAAGCCGACGAUGCUGAGAAUAUUGUUGAGUCAGAGAAAGGUGUUGUUGCUGCUGAUGAUGGCCGUUGUUCCAAGGUUGGUGCAUCAUUCCUUAGGAAAGGUGGUCAUGCUGUUGAUGCUGCAGUUGCAACAGCUUUGUGCCUCGGCGUUGUUAAUCCUAUGGCAAGUGGGAUCGGUGGUGGAGCUUUCAUGAUUGUUCGAUCUUCAUCGAACUCGAAAACUGAAGCUUUUGACUCAAGAGAAACAGCUCCUUUGGCUGCUUCAGAGAAUAUGUAUGCCGAAAAUCCCAAAGCUAAGCUAGAAGGUGCACUUUCAAUGGGAGUUCCUGGUGAGAUAGCUGGUCUCCAUGAAGCCUGGUUGAAAUAUGGGCGUUUAUCAUGGAGGGAUUUAUUCCAACCUGCAAUAAAACUAGCUAAAGAUGGAUUUGUAGUUGCUCCUUAUCUCGGACAAUACUUAAUGGAAGAAUCAGAGAUGAUUUUGAAUGAUCCUGGUUUAAGACAAGUGUAUGCACCAAAAGGGAAGUUGUUGCAAGUGGGUGAAACAUGCUACAAUGUGGAACUUGGCCAUAGUUUAGAGGAGGUUGCAGAAUUGGGACCAAAAGCCUUCUAUAAUGGUACAGUUGGUGAAAAACUUGUUAAGGAUGUUAGAGAGGCUGGUGGGAUUUUGACAAUGGAGGAUUUAAGAAAUUACAGCGUGGAAGUAACUGAUGCAAUGGCUGCAGAUGUGAUGGGCUACACUAUAUACGGAAUGCCUCCUCCUUCAAGUGGAACUUUGGGGCUCACCAUGGUAAUGAACAUCUUGGAUAGUUAUGGAAAUCCAGAUGCUGCAAAGGGAAGUCUUGGUCUGCAUCGGUUGAUUGAAGCAAUGAAACACAUGUUUGCCAUCCGAAUGAACUUGGGAGACCCUGGUUUUGUAAACGUCAAUACUUUUGCAUCUGACAUGCUUUCUCCAGAUUUGGCAAAGCAAAUCCGUGAUAAGAUAUUUGACAAUACAACUUUCCCUCCAGAAUAUUACAUGUAUAGAUGGAGUCAGCUAAGAGAUCACGGAACCAGCCAUUUCUGAAUCGUUGAUACAGAUCGAAAUGCUGUGUCAAUGACAACCACUGUAAAUUAUCCUUUUGGUGGAGGGGUGCUUUCUCCUUCUACAGGGAUUGUGCUCAACAAUGAGAUGGGUGACUUCUCUAUUCCCACCGAGAUGACAGUGGACGGUUUACCUCCUGCUCCUUCAAAUUUUAUCAGGCCAUAUAAGAGACCUUUAUCUUCCAUGACCCCACUAAUUAUCACAAAGGAUAAUCGAUUAGCAGGGGUUCUUGGAGGCAGUGGUGGUAUGAAGAUAAUCCCUGCAGUUGUACAGGUUUUCCUCAACCAUUUUUUCUUGGGAAUGGACCCUUUAACUGCAGUAGAGAAUCCAAGGGUCUACCACCAGCUAAUUCCUAAUGUGGUGUUGUUCGAAAAUUUUACGGUGUUCAAUGGCGAGCACAUGGAGGUUUCAGAGGAAAGAAAGCUGUUCUUGCAAGAAAGGGGGCAUCAAAUCGAAACUCUGUCAAGGGGUGCUAUCACUCAGCUUGUCGUUCAAAGUCUUGGAAACCCCAUUAAAAUGGGCAGAAAAGGUGGAAAAGUUUCUAAAUCACAAAUAUUUCAUGGUAUGCUCACUGCUGUAAGUGACCUUAGAAAGGACGGUAAGCCUGCUGCGAUCUAAUAUGCUUAUUUUUAUGGAUCUGAACAAGAAUAUUACAGAAGUCUUUUGAUUGGACAUGCUUUCAAUCUCUUAUGUUGAAAUUGUCUAUCAUGUUGGCUUGGUAUAUAUAGUUGUUCACACUUCCUUAUGCUUGAGCUUUUGGAGUUAAAUGGUAAUUCAACAUAGUAUUAGAGCUUUGGUAAUCGUGAGGUUUUGUGUAUACUUCAAUCUCUAUGUUGAAAUUGUUUAUGUGUAAGCUUGUUAUACAUGGUCAGGUCUCACUUCCUAAUGGCUUAACGAUAGAUAGUACUUCAACAAGAUAUCAAAGAUUUAGUGACAGUGAGGUCUUUGCGUAUUCAAUUUUCAAUGUGUACUCAUCGUAUAUGAAAUAUUUUAUGAUCAAACCACAUGAAAAUGGAAAGGAAAAGUGGCAAAAGCUUCUGAAGGACAACAUCAUGGUACCAUCACUGCUGCCAGUGACCUCAGAAAGAACGCUAAUUUUUUGGGGUUUGAACAAGAAUAGGGAAGAUCUUUAUGUCCAUGUAAUUUUUAUGAAUUGUUUCAAGUUUAUGAAAUAUUCAAUGCAUUUGUUUAUUUAAUUGA